UGGGAGUGAAUCUUGUCCUCACACUGGUAAUCCUUACUCACACUCAAGUUCCAACUCACUCAGGCUUGGCUGUCAGAAGCUGAGCAGUCUGGGCGUUCCCCAAACAGACCAUUCAAGACUCAAAGGAGAAGGGGCCAUUGGGCCUCGGACACAGAGGGCUGGAUGAACUCUGACAUGUACGAGGCUUCUGCUUGGUCCCUCCCACACGCCAGCCUUCCGGGAUAUGGUUCUCCACCCUGACUGAGUUCUCGCCUAUGGUCUUUGCUGCACAGGGAAGCCAAGACUUCACACAGGCACGUUCUCUCGCUGAAGCUGAAGAUUGUCUUUUAAGCUAGUCCACCUCCUGUUCUGACUGUCCCCAAAACAUGACAAUGAUAUAUGAAAACUUCCAGAACUUGGAGAGUGAGGAGAAAAACCAGGAGAUGAGAAAAGGUGACAGGAAAGGAGGAACAGAGUCUCCAAAGUUUGCUCUAACAGCUCCUCCCCAGUGCUCGCUGUGGAAUAUCCUCUCGUGGACCCACCUCCUCCUCUUCUCCCUGGGCCUCAGCCUCCUGCUGCUGGUGGUUGUCUCCGUGAUUGGAUCCCAAAAUGCCCAGUUAAGGAGGGACCUAGGCACCCUGAGAGCCACUUUAGACAACACCACCUCCAAGAUAAAGGCUGAUGUCCAGGCCCUGGACUCCAGGGGUGACAGCUUGCAAGAAGGGAUCAGUUCUCUGAAAGUGGAGGUGGAGGAUCACAGGCAAGAACUGCAGGCAGGCCGAGGCUUGAGCCAGAAGGUGACUUCUCUGGAGAGUGCAGUGGAGAAGAGGGAGGAGGCUCUCAAAACAGAUCUGUCUGAAAUAACUGAUAGCAUGAAACAGCUGAAGAAGGACUUGAAGGCCCUGACAUGCCAGCUGGCCAGCCUCAAGAACAACGGCUCGGAAAUGGCCUGCUGCCCCCUUCACUGGACGAAGCACGAAGGCAGCUGCUACUGGUUCUCUCAGUCUGAGAAGUCCUGGCCUGAAGCUGACAAAUACUGUCAGCUGGAGAAUUCUCACCUGGUGGUGGUCAACUCCCAGGAGGAGCAGAAAUUUAUUGAGGAGCAUAAGGGCCCUGUGCCCACCUGGAUGGGCCUAACGGAUCAAAAUGGGCCCUGGAGAUGGGUGGACGGGACCGACUUUGACACAGGAUUCAAGUACGUUUGUCACCCACCUCUACCUUGGACUGCCUUAUCUUUCAGCAUCUUUAGUGACCCCAGGGGUUUAGGGGGAGCUUCUAGUAACACGGUUGACAACCUGGUCUUCCGGGGCUCACAGCUCAUUAUUUUCAGGAAUUGGAAGCCACAGCAGCCGGAUAACUGGCACGGACACGGUCUAGGAGGAGGUGAGGACUGCGCCCACUUCUCUUACGAUGAUGGUCGUUGGAAUGACGAUGUUUGCCAGAGGCCUUACCGCUGGGUCUGUGAAAUAGAGCUGGGCAAAGCCAGCUGAGUCCGCUUCCCUCAACUGAUGCCUCAGUUCCACAAACCUGACAUCUGGUGUUGGUAAUCACUCUGUCUUGGUAUCUCCACCAUCUGGGGGCGUUUUUUUUUUCCCUAGCACUGUAAGGGGUCGAUAGAUAAAGGAUGGUAUCUGAGGAAUGUGGUAUGGUGGUUAGAACGCUGACACUGUGUACAAUGUACAUCCUGUUAUUGUCAAGUUAUUUUUUAGAGUAAAAAAGAGAAAUAUGCUUUCUA